GCACGCUGCACAUAAAACCCGGCAGCCGCUGCGGCUUGUUCUGCUGGUGUCACGCCUCCUCCUCACUUCGAGAAGCGCUCGGCUUAGCUUUGGGACGGCAGUGCGCGGACCAGGAGAAAGAAAUGGCUUCCGGUAAAGCUCAUAUUGGUAAGCCAGUUCCAGACUUCCAGGCCACGGCAGUAGUGGAUGGAGCCAUUAAGGAAAUAAAGUUGUCGGACUACAAAGGCAAAUAUGUGGUUCUCUUCUUCUACCCCCUGGAUUUCACCUUCGUCUGUCCCACAGAGAUCAUAGCUUUCAGUGAUCGAGUUGAGGAGUUCCGCAAGAUCAACUGUGAGGUUAUUGCUGCCUCUGUUGACUCUCAGUUCACCCAUUUGGCCUGGAUCAAUACAGCAAGAAAGGAAGGGGGCUUGGGAUCUGCAAAUAUUCCGCUUGUGGCAGACAUCAACCACAAUAUUUGCAGGGACUAUGGAGUGCUCAAGGAGGAGGAUGGCAUUGCAUACAGAGGCCUGUUCAUAAUUGAUGACAAAGGCAUCCUGCGUCAGAUCACAGUGAAUGACCUACCUGUGGGGCGUUCUGUGGAUGAGACACUUCGCCUGGUACAGGCUUUCCAGUUCACAGACCAGCAUGGUGAAGUGUGCCCAGCUGGCUGGCAACCUGGCGGCGACACCAUCAAGCCCACAGUGAAGGACAGCAAGGCCUUCUUCGCCAAGCAGCAGUAGAGGCGUCUUGCUGAACAAAUCUGGUCUAAUGUGAAGGGAUUAUUCAUACUGAAUCUUUCCCGUUGAGAUCUCCAGAAGAAACUCUUUGGGGAGAGCUGGGCUACAAAAGCCUCUCCCAUGAGUAGUAGUUCAUAGAAGUAGCUUGAAUGUAAUUUUUUGAGUAGGGCAUCUUUAUGUUCAUGCUUCAAUAAAAGUGGAGAUUAAAAUAA